AUGACUGGUCAAUCGGCCUUCUUACCAAUAUUAGUCUUGGGACUGGUGUGUAGUUUGGUGCGCUGUGCUCCCUUCUCUGGUAGACAGAACACCACAUUAGAGCGACACUGGGAGACUCUAUUCUCUCGCUCCUUGGCACGGAUCCCCGGGGAAAGGAGAGAGAUCAGUCGGGACAGUGACUAUCUUAUGGGCAUCAAAAGACUACGGCGCCUUUAUUGCAAUGUAGGCAUUGGUUUUCAUAUUCAAGUCUUGGCCGACGGGAAGAUAACCGGAGUACAUAACGAAAAUCGAAACAGUCUUCUUGAAAUAUCUCCGGUGGAAAGAGGUGUUGUGACACUGUUUGGCAUUCGGAGCGGCCUAUUCGUGGCCAUGAACAGCAAGGGGAAGCUGUACGGAUCUCGGCAUUUCAACAACGAGUGCAAGUUUAAAGAAAAGCUCCUGGCUAACAACUACAACGCCUACGAAUCGGCGACCUACCCAGCGAUGUACAUAGGUCUGAGCAAAACUGGCAGGACAAAAAGAGGAAACCGUGUCUCCCCGGCAACAACAGUGACACAUUUCUUACCACGGAUCUGAUUGGACCUGGUGAGACUUUACCUCAAUGCACAGAGGAGGAGACGGGGACUCAAAAUCAUGCACUUUCAAGUGGAGUUUUAUGCAAGAGGUGUACUGUAUUCAAAUGAAUUAUUUAAGGAUGUACAUAUACAUAUAUAUUGUGGGAAACGUUUUAUUUAUAAUGCUUGAGAAUUUUUGUAUUUCUGGGAAACUGGCUUGCCGUAGGUGGAGAGAAAAGUAAAAGAGAUCCACUGGCUUCUGAAAAAGGGUGCUGCUAUCGAAAAUGUGUGGACAAGUGAAAUUCCUCUUUAGGUUUUGCACUGUUCAGAAAUGCUACUGUGCAGUGACUGCAUUGAGAAAUAAGUGUCAUUUUCUUCUCUGUUUUUCUGUGGAAAGAAGAGUCUUAGUCCUGGGCCUUGGCUUGUGGGAAUGUGUCAGUCCUGACAGGGUCUCAGGCUGAAGAAACCGGACUGUGUCGGAACUCCUUUGUGUGGUGUAGGGGGUUUAAUUGAAAUGGUAUCAGCUUUCGUCUCAUUACAGAAAGUGCGGUGUUGAAGUCCUACCCCUCAAAUCUGUUUUUAGCUUUGCUGGGGGGGUUGAACUUUGAACUUUCCUGCAGUCAAUCUCUGUCAUAAGGCCCGGAUAGAGAGGCAUCUUCUUGACAUUUAUAUAAGCUAAGAAUUUCAAAGUUUAAUGGGAAGGCCUGCAUAUUGCGAACGGGGUCACCGUGUCCUUGGCAGUUUUUAAAAAUACAUAUUUUACAAUGGGACUUUAAAACUCUAUCGGCUUUCAAGCGCGGGGGAUAAACAGAGGUGUGGGGUGGCUGGCUAAAAUAACCAUGCGCACACCAACCGUCAGUAUUGUUGU